UUGACAGGCGAGCGUGUCGUCCAAUCGUUAUGCAGCUGCCUGGCAAAUUGACCAAUCAGAACUUUAACAUUUUUUGAGAGUAACUGGAGCGGUACUUGAUUAGAGUUCCCUAGUUACCCCACAUGGUAACCUGCCAGUCCCAACGGUAAAAAAACAAACGACACGGGACAGAGCAAGACAGGCCGUCAUUGUGAACUGCGUACUUGUGAACUUGUUCAGCAAACUGCAGCAGCUAUGAAAAUCGAAGAAGUUAAAAGCACGACUAAGACGCAGCGCAUCGCGACCCACAGCCAUGUGAAGGGGCUGGGGUUGGAUGAAAGCGGGCUGGCGAAGCAGUCAGCAGCCGGCCUUGUCGGGCAGGAGAACGCGAGGGAGGGCUGUGGGAUUAUAGUGGAACUAAUCAGAGCGAAGAAAAUGGCCGGGAGAGCAAUAUUGCUGGCUGGACCUCCAGGAACUGGAAAGACUGCCCUGGCUCUGGCUAUUGCUCAGGAGCUGGGUAACAAAGUGCCCUUCUGCCCCAUGGUGGGGAGUGAGGUGUACUCCACAGAGAUCAAAAAGACAGAGGUGCUGAUGGAGAACUUCAGGAGAGCUAUAGGCCUGCGUAUCAAGGAGACGAAGGAGGUGUACGAGGGGGAGGUGACGGAGCUCACGCCCUGCGAGACGGAGAACCCCAUGGGGGGCUACGGAAAAACCAUCAGCCACGUGAUCAUCGGACUCAAAACUGCCAAGGGAACCAAGCAGCUCAAGCUGGACCCCAGUAUCUAUGAGAGCCUGCAGAAGGAGAGAGUGGAGGUGGGGGACGUGAUCUACAUUGAGGCCAACAGCGGGGCAGUCAAGCGGCAGGGCAGGUGUGAUACCUACGCCACGGAGUUCGACCUUGAGGCUGAGGAGUACGUGCCCUUACCGAAGGGAGACGUGCACAAGAAGAAGGAAAUCAUUCAGGACGUUACCCUGCAUGACCUGGAUGUUGCCAACGCUAGACCGCAGGGCGGCCAGGACAUUCUCUCCAUGAUGGGACAAUUGAUGAAACCCAAGAAGACUGAAAUCACAGAUAAGCUGCGAGGGGAGAUCAACAAGGUGGUGAAUAAGUACAUUGACCAGGGGGUAGCGGAGCUGGUUCCGGGGGUGCUGUUUAUAGACGAGGUGCACAUGCUGGAUAUCGAGUGCUUCACCUACCUGCACCGCGCCCUCGAGUCCUCGCUGUCACCCAUCGUCAUCUUCGCAACCAACCGGGGGAACUGCCUCAUCAGGGGUACAGAGGACAUCCUUUCCCCCCACGGGAUCCCCCUAGAUCUGCUGGACCGGGUGAUGAUCAUCCGCACCAUGAUGUACACUCCCCAGGAGAUGAAGCAGAUUAUUAAAAUCCGCUCUCAGACAGAAGGGAUCAGCAUCAGUGAAGAUGCCCUGAACCUCCUGGGAGAGAUCGGGACGAAGACCACGCUGAGGUACGCGGUGCAGCUGCUGACUCCGGCCAGCCUCCUUGGAAAGAUCCAUGGGAAGGACGGGAUUGAGAAGGAGCACGUGGAGGAGAUCAGCGAGCUGUUCUACGAUGCCAAGUCCUCCGCCAAGAUCCUGGCCGACCAGCAGGACAAGUACAUGAAAUAGCAAGCCCCCCCGAGCCUGCCUUCCAUUAAAUAAACGCCCCAGAGAACUGCAGCUCAGCAAUCCCCCCCCCCCCCCCCAGAGACCCAGCUCAGAGCAAUCCCCCCCCAGAGACCCACAGCUCAGAGCAAUCCCUCUCAGAGACCCACAGCUCCGAGCAAUCCCCCCCAGAGACCCACAGCUCCGAGCAAUCCCCCCCCAGAGACCCACAGCUCCGAGCAAUCCCCCCCCCCAGAGACCCACAGCUCAGAGCAAUCCCCCCCCCAGAGACCCACAGCUCCGAGCAAUCCCCCCUCCCAGAGACCCACAGCUCCGAGCAAUCCCCCCCCAGAGACCCACAGCUCCGAGCAAUCCCCCCCCCAGAGACCCACAGCUCCGAGCAAUCCCCCCCAGAGACCCACAGCUCCGAGCAAUCCCCCCCCCAGAGACCCACAGCUCCGAGCAAUCCCCCCCCCAGAGACCCACAGUUCAGAGCAAUCCCCCCUCCCAGAGACCCACAGCUCCGAGCAAUCCCCCCCCCCAGAGACCCACAGCUCCGAGCAAUCCCCCCCCCAGAGACCCACAGUUCAGAGCAAUCCCCCCUCCCAGAGACCCACAGCUCUGAGCAAUCCCCCCCAGAGACCCACAGUUCAGAGCAAUCCCCCCUCCCAGAGACCCACAGCUCAGAGCAAUCCCCCCCCAGAGACCCACAGUUCAGAGCAAUCCCCCCCCAGAGACCCACAGCUCCGAGCAAUCCCCCCCCCAGAGACCCACAGUUCAGAGCAAUCCCCCCCCAGAGACCCACAGUUCAGAGCAAUCCCCCCCCAGAGACCCACAGCUCAGAGCAAUCCCCCCGAGAGACCCACACUGCAGCAGCACUGUUUAUUUUGUUUUUGCAGUGCAAGCCGGUGUUAUCUGAGAUUAGUCUCUGUGGUUCAGGGUCUCAACUCUUUCGUAUGCACGCUUUCAAAUUUGCCUCGCUGGCAUUUCCACUUUAAUAAAAUCUGAGGCCAGUGUUGCAGCACAUCAGAGUUAAAAUAAUUAUAUGAAACCAGCUCCAACUGCAGGGGCACCAAGGGUUAUUGAAAUGUGCUGUUUGAGAUUAGUUUACGGAAGCCUUUCUAUGUGUAACACAUUUGUACGAGUUUAUGUUAAAUUAAAACUUUGUGUUAUAUAUUUUUUUCAUGUUAAAACAAAUGCAACUUUUUUUUUUAAAUAAACCAAAUGAAAUACA